AGGACGGCCUACCACUAAGAAGUAGUCCAGCAAAAAAGAAGCUGAAAGUAACGAGUGUUGAUUACCACCAGGUAUUCCACAAGAAGCUUCCCUUGAGAAGGAAACGGCCGAAAAAGAAAAAAGAGGUUGUCAAGAUCGACAUAAGUAGUGAUGAGGAAUUGCCUCAGUCGCAUGACGGUGGUGAGGAGGCUGACAAACCUGUCGCGGAGGACACCAAAGUAAAUUGUUCCGCUUCUGCCGAAGAUGAACAAAGGAAAUGCACAGCCCCCAAUGAUGAUGAAGACGACACAAGUGAAACGAACGAGGAAGACCGUCCGAAAGCCAAUCCAUCUACUAGGCUUUUGUAUUCUGGUCAAAUAGGUUUGACUCUCCCUGAUUACAUGUUAGACAUCGGCCCUGUACGUCUUUCAGUAUUUGACCUGCUGACUCUCAUUCCGCCACGUGGUGUUGAACAACUAGUCCAAAGUGGAUUCAAGGUUCCUUCCGAUUUAGAGAGGGGUUGGCUUUCAGAUACGGUCAUAGAAGCAUUCUUAUGGCAGCUUUGCUCAGAUCACAGAAACGUAUUUGCGGCUGACGCUUCUAUGUGCACAGUUGUCCAACUUAAUGCAAGUACCCGUAGACUUUGGCAUGGACAGAGUUUUACUGACAUCGAUAAGAUCAUUAUCCCUAUGAAUAAAAACGGGGGGCAUUGGACAAUGCUAGCUCUAGACAGGGUAGCAAAAGUUCGUUAUUACUUCGAUUCUUUGAAUAAAACUGGUGCACGACAAUUAAAGACCACCUCCCCUAAUGGUAUUGCUGGAUUAAUUCAAAAACUAAGUUCUACAGCUGAUAUCAAAACAGGCUGGAAGAGCACACAGUGGCCAUGUAUCCAGCCUUCACAUGUUACCCAGCUUGAUAGAUAUAACUGUGGAGUCUUUGUUUGCUUUUUUGCGCGUUGCAUCUCCGAGGGUGUCUCAAUUCCUGCACAGACCUGUGAUAUUGUUGCCGAACGCGAGAAACUCACUGCACAAAUAUUUGGAUUUUGUUAUGACGAUAUUGAACAGAGAAACACAGGAGUGUGUAAAGUUUGCAGAGACGACGAUGGUGAAGAUUGGUUAGGCUGUGAUGCGUGUGGCCAAUUUUUUCACGCAAGUUGUCUCGACGUCGAUUAUGUAGAAUGUUUGGCAAAGUUUUUUAGGUGUCCGUGUUAGCUACACAUCCCCUGCACAUUAUAACUUGAAUGAAAUAAAAGUAACUUGCAGACACACUUACCUCCUACACAGGGAAACCGCAUAAUGGAAAGCCAAUACAUCCGAUUCCCUCUAUAAUCUUCUUCAUUUUAUCCACCAACUACUCAGUAAUAUAUAAAGGCAACUAAAACUUUGAAUCAGAACACAUUGGCCGCAUUUCAGUGUUUUUUUUUUUAUUGUACAGUGCAAAUAGAACUAUAUUUUAAAUUCUCGUGACAUAAGUAGAUGAAUGUUGCGACACAUUUUGAUUGUUAAGAUCAUAAUUUACAUAGUUUAAAAAAGAAAAGUAAGAUCAAUAUAUUCUAUUCAAGAAAACUGUAGUGUAUUUCAAUUCAUAGAUGUAAAGCAUAAUUUCAAACGUUAUUUCGUCAAUACGAUCACAACUUGCGUGACACUGGUUAUCAGACCGGAAAUGAAUUCAACUAGUUCCCAGUACUCUCAAAUUUUGGGGGUCUCUCUCCGCCCGGGCUGUAGUCUCACCCAUACAGAUGAGGUGACGGUUUUGGCCGCCAUCUUGGACCGGUAGGCAUAGUAGGGAAGUAGAUGUCAAAGAAUUCUCGUUGAAUUCAAAUUCGGAAAAGUUAAUAUAAAAAUUAGGUAACACCUAAUAGCG